AUGAAACUGGGCAGCGGCUUCCUGGGCGGCGGCGGCUCCUCCAAGAGGGCGGCGAUGGAGCCCGCCUUCCCCCCGGGCAUGGUCAUGUUCAACCACCGCCUGCCGCCCGUCACCAGCUUCACCCGCCCGGCCGCGCCCCCCCAGCACUGUGGGCUGACGGCCGCCUCGUCAUCUUCCUCCUCGUCGUCCUCCUCUUCCACCUCCGCUUCUUCUUCCUCCUCCUCCUCCUCCUCCACCGUGACGACGGCAACGGUCGCCGAGCCCCCCAUCCCGCCCCUCCACCCUCAGGGCAUGACUUUCAAGAAAGAGCCGGCGGGGGGCUUCCCUCUCAGCGCCUCCUCUUCCUCCUCCUCCUCCUCCUCGCAAAGGAGCCCUUGGGGCUUCUUCCAAUCCCUGGUGAACAUCAAGCAAGAGAAGCCCAGCGACCAGGAGGAAGAGGAGCGCCGCCACCACCACCACCACCACCACUAUGGGGGCAUGUUUGGGAUAGCCGGGGAGGAGCGGCACCCAACUCUCGGCGGCGCUGCCGCGGGCGGAGGGCUGGAAGGGGCCAGCCAGAGCGUCAUCCAGGACCUCAGCCUUUUCCACCACUUGCACCACCAUCCCCACAGAGGAGAUUUGCUGCUGGGCAUCAGGACUGGUGGCGAGGGGUUGCCUGCUGGUUUGGACGAGCCCAAGCAUGACGCUCAGGCCCGGAAGAUGAAGAGGCCAAAGUCGGAAUCUCAGGGAAUCAAGGCCAAGCGGAAGCCGAGCGCUUCGUCCAAGCCCCUUGUGGGAGGAGAUGGAGACGCCGCCAUGCUGUCCCCUAGCCAGAAACCUCAUGUCUGUGAACACUGCAGUGCUGCCUUCCGGAGCUCUUAUCACCUGCGCAGGCACGUGCUCAUCCAUACUGGCGAGAGGCCUUUCCAGUGUAGCCAGUGCAGCAUGGGUUUCAUUCAGAAGUAUUUGCUACAGAGACAUGAAAAGAUCCACAGCAGGGAGAAGCCGUUUGGGUGCGACCAGUGCAGUAUGAAGUUCAUCCAGAAGUAUCACAUGGAGAGACACAAGAGGACCCACAGCGGAGAAAAGCCAUACAAAUGUGAAACCUGUCAGCAGUAUUUUUCAAGGACUGAUAGACUGUUGAAGCACAGACGUACAUGCGGAGAAGCCAUAGGGAAAGCAGGUGUUGGAUUGGAUCCUGGGCCAUCAAACCAUAGCAUGGGCAACUUGUCUGUGUUGUCUCAGGGAAAUACAGGUUCAUCAAGGAGAAAAAGCAAAGCAAAAAGUAUAUCUACUGAAAACAAAGAACACAAACCUUGUCAUAAAAUACCUGAGUCUCAGAUUGUGUCUAAUAUGACCUUGCAAAAUUAUGCGGUGGAGAUUCCUAUAGUGUCUUCCAGUAGUGGUUUAAUUGGCACUGGGAUAGAAGAGCUUCAGAAAAAGGUGCCAAAAUUAGUGUUUAAAAAAGGCAACAGGAAAGGCGCAGACAAGAGUUACCUUAAUUUUGUGUCACCAUUACCGGACCUUCUUGGUCAGAAACAGUUGUCUGCAAAACCAGGUGGCUCUCUUGGCCUAGUUGCAAAUACCAGUAUAGAUGCUGUUGGUCUUCUCCAAGCUGCAGGUGGUAAACCAGGUCAAAUUAGUAGCAAUUACGAUGAUGCCAUGCAGUUUUCAAAGAAAAGAAGAUAUUUGCAAACUGCCAGCAGUAACAGUGCCUUUUCUAUAAAUGUUGGGCAUAUGGCCUCCCAACCGUCUGUUAUUCAGUCUGCAGGUGUCAGUGUUAUGGACAGUGAAACCCCAUUAUCUCUUAUUGACUCAUCAUCUCUAAAUGCUGACAUCAAAUCUUGUCAUGACAAAUCUGGAAUUCCUGAUGAAGUCCUGCAAAGUCUUCUAGAGCAGUAUGCUCACAAGUCAGAAGGCCAGAAGGAAGAUCCCUUCAGCAUCACUGAACAGCGAGUGGACUUGCAUGCCUCAGGAGAACAUACAGAGAUGGUUCAAGAAGAGAACCUGAGUCCUGGCUCUCAAACUUCAAGUGACAAGGCAAGCAUGUUGCAAGAAUACUCAAAAUACCUCCAACAGGCUUUUGAAAGAACAACCAAUAGCACUGGUUUUGCUUUUGGACCCAGCUUCCAAUUUGUAAGUUUGUCUUCAAGCCUUCAUAACCAUACUUUGUUUCAAGACAAACAAAUAUACACUACAUCUCCACUUGAGUGUGGUUUCAGCCAAUCUGUUACCUCAGUGUUGCCAUCUGCAUUGCCAAAGCCUCCUUUCGGGAUGUUGCUUGGAUCUCAGCCCGGUUUUUAUUUAUCUGCUUUGGAGGCAACCCAUCAACAGUUGACUCCUUCGCAAGAACUAGAUGAUCUGAUAGACUCUCAGAAAAACAUAGAUGCUUCAUCAGGCUAUCAGUCUACACCUCAAAAGUUGAAUAGCCAGAAGGAACAAAAAAACUUGGAAUCUUCAACAAGCUUUCCAAUACCAUCUCAGGAGCUAGCUAACCAGAUAGAUCCUCAGAAGGACCUAGAGCAUAGAGCAACAUACCAGAUAGAGACCUUUGCACAAGCAUUUGGUUCUCAGUUUAAGACGGGCAGCAGGGUGCCAAUGACUUUUAUUGCUAACUCUAAUGGGGAAGUGGACCAUAGAGUAAGGACUUCAGUAUCAGAUUUCUCAGGGUAUACAAAUAUAAUGUCUGAUGUAAGUGAGCCAUGUAGUACAAGAGUAAAGACCCCAACUAGCCAAAGUUAUCGGUAAGGUUCCAAGGGUGGCUAGACUUUGGGGUAGUCUUAAUGUAUUUCUUUUAUUUUGAUAACACUGCCAUUGGAAUGUUUCUACGUGAUCCUAAUAUGAAAUAAUGUAACACGCCCUUUCAAUGCAACUUUUCAAAUUUGGUUGGUGUUAAUGUAAUUUUAGAUCAGUUUGUAUUAUGCUUUUUAAUCAGAUCAAUAGACUUAUAGUUUGCAUUUUUUGUGUUCAUGUGACAGUGUUUAGCAAUCAAACUUACAUAUUUAGAUUGUCAGGGAAUAGCCCAAAAGUUGAAAAUGCAAAAACAAAAAACAAAAAAAAACUUUGUUCCUAGGACUAAGGUUUAUUUUAAUUGCUUUACUCUCAGGAAAAUGUAAUGAAGAAAGGAGAUUCUUUGCAUGAUUAAUGUAUUGGGAUUUCCAAUUUACAAAUAAGUGGCAAAUCUGUUUCACCAUUUAAGAAAGGGAUCUAUGGCAUUAUAAAUUGCUGUCUCAUAUCUAGGUGAUAUAAAACUCUGAGAAUGUUGCUACCUACAUCUUCUUGUUGAUGGACUUUUAUUCUUCCAGAUGAUGAUACUCAUUCUAGACUGGUGGGUAGAUAUUCUCAGAUACUUGGUAUAAGCCUGGAAUGAUAGCUUUAAUUCAACCAGUAAUGUCCAUCCCCAUUUUUUCUCAAUACUGUAAUUCUGUAAAGACAUUUUAGCAGCAGAAUCCACCGAAGGAAUUUUAAAGUUGCAGUUUACUGUCAUUGGAACGCCAACCAAAAUUAGUCAUAAUUUAUAUGCUUUUGGGAUGAAUUAUUUAUUAUACAUGGUUGAAAAUAGCCUUCCCCAGUUGAUCUGUCCUUUCCCCCCCUGUAUCUA